AUGGAUCAUGACCAUUAUAAAUUGAGAGGACAAUAGAAUUAGACAGAUAUUCAGCAACAAUUUAAUUUAUUGCAAAACAACAAGAAAUUUUCUUUAAACAAACAUCCUGCAAUAGAAAAAGCAGAAGAGGCAGCUUAAUAAGCUUCUUAAAUGGCUUAAAACGGGGAAUACUAGCAGCAACAGUCUAUCCCAAUGUCGAAUAGAAAACGUGAUUAAAGCAAUAGUGUCCGAGGUGUAGGCCAAUAAAUAGCAGGAAUAAAUAACAGCAUGCGUAUUGACUCCAGAGAUGAAAUACAUAAUGUUCCAUAUGAGAUGCAGCCUAAAAAUAAGGCUAUAAUAGUAUAGCAAAACAUGAAUAUAGACUUGAAAGCAUAUGGAGACAAUAAUAAUAGGGUAGUUAUAAGUAAUGGUGGAUCAGGAAAUGGCUUAGCAGGUAACAUAGUAGUUAAUCAGUAUUCAAAUAAUAUAGCUGGAAUCAAUAAUCAGUAUUCAGCAAAGAAUCAUACAUCUCACAACUCAAGUAGAAACGAUAUUGAUAUGACUGAUGAGUAUAAAAAACGAGAUCAUUCAGAGCUUCUGACAUCUACAAAGUAGACGAGGAGAAACAGAAAUUAGCAUAAAUAAGCAAUCCUGACUAGUAGCAAAUAUAGAUUGACCGGUAGUAAUUCGACACUUUCAGCUAGAGAGCUUAAAAAGCAAAGAAUCAAUCUUAUGGCUAUAGUAUUAAUGACGGCCAAAUCAUAUCGUAAAAAUAAAUUCAAUCAAGUCAUAAUCAAAGGAGGAAGCAUAGUUUAUCAUCCAAUAGUAAUUAUUAAAUAAAAUAAAAUUAUAGGAGUUAAUCAAGACAAUAUGUAUCAGCGAUAAUAAAUAGAUGUCAGCCACAUUUAAGCCCACAUUGAGGAUAAUCCAGGAGCUGACUAAGAUUUCGCAGAUUUAGAGGAAAGUCUUCCCAGCGAUAUUUCAAUCGAUCUUGACCAUCAAGUUGAUGGGAGUGAUGUCUCUGAUUUUGAUGAAGAAAACGAAAGAAGGCAGAAAGAAUCGUCUGUUUCAAGAGUUAGUUAAACUAAAUAGAGUAACUUAGGUCUAAAUCUUGAGAAGCUUGACUACUUAAAUGCAGAUAUAUCACCUAUAGAGAAAGUUCAAAACUUCCUAUAAAAUAACCCACUUUGUCAUACAUUUAUUCGAAAAGAAAAAGGUAGAUUACCCUACAGUGUAUUCAAGCCACAUGCAGAAGAAGUUUACUUCUUAAAAUCAAUAUUUGAUAAAAGACCUCCAACAGCAUUCUUUCCUUAUCCAAAAUAUUGCAAAACUCCACGCGAAUCUGAAAGAAUAAGACCAUAUCAUAGAAAUGAAGUAGAAUACCUCUUCAUGGCUUUUAGAAUAAAUGACUCUACUCAUAUUUAUAAUGCUGUUGUAAAUGCUUUUAAAAAUUCUGGUUUUCAAUUGAUUGAAAACAGCUCUUAUUGGAAUGUUCUUUGGACAGGCUACACAAAGCAUGAAGAAAUACGAGAAUUCAAUAAAUACCAAAAAGUGAAUCAUUAUCCAGGGUCUAUUUAGCUUGGAAGAAAGGAUAUGCUUUGGAAAAAUAUGUAUAGACUAAAAUAAAAAUAUGGGAGAGAGUAUGAUAUUACCCCAAUGACUUACUUAUUCCCUGAAGAUUAUAACAGAUUCUAGCAAGACAGAGAGGUCGAGGAAAAUAAUGUCCUUUACAUUUUAAAACCAGUAGCUUCGAGCUGUGGGAGAGGAAUUAAAGUUAUAGGGAAAAAGACUAAAAUUGUGAGAAAAGAAGGAUAUUUAGCAUCAAAAUAUGUCUGCAAACCUCAUCUAAUAAAUGGAUUUAAGUAUGAUCUAAGAGUUUAUGUGCUUGUUUCAAGUUAUGAUCCUUUGAGAGUUUAUGUUUAUAAUGAUGGUCUAGUAAGAUUUGCAACUGAAAAAUAUACUCUAAACCCAAAUGACUUAAAAAAGAGAUUUAUACAUUUGACUAACUUCUCUGUGAACAAAAAAUCUGAGAACUUUAAGUAGAAUAAAAACACAGAAGAAAGCGAAGAAACUUCUAGUAAAUGGAGCUUUAAAGCUCUAAGAAAAGCAUAUGAAUAAAGAGAUAUCAAUUUCGAUUAUGUAUUCGCCUAAGUCAAGGAUGUCAUUGUGAAAACUCUUAUUAGUGUUGAGCCUCAUAUAGUCGGUAAUCUGAAUAAAGCUACUGGGUCUCGAAAUACUUGCUUUGAGCUAUAUGGAUUUGAUGUAUUGAUAGAUAAAAAUUUGAAGCCAUGGCUGCUUGAAGUAAAUGUCUUGCCCUCGUUGAGUAGUUCUUCUCCAUUUGAUAAAACCAUAAAGACAAUGCUUAUAUGUGAUGUACUGACAUUGAUCGGUAUUAGAGGCUAUGAUAAAAAGAAAGUGCAUUCUGGUCCAGAAGAGGAUCGAAAAAUCGCUAAAUAAGUAAUGGAACAGAGAGUGCUUACUGGUGAGGAAAAUCUGACAGCAGAUGAGAUGUCAAUGCUUAUGGACCAUGAAGAGGAAUUUUCUAGGAAAGGUAGUUUUUCAAGAGUCUUUCCACUAGCUGCAAAUGUUGACUAUUAUGCUAAGUUUUUUGAGAUACAGCGUUAUCAUAACAAUCUAUUAUGGGCUUACAUUCGCGGCGGGUAGUCUAGCUAGCAAAUUAUCAGCAGACACUAUAAAAGAGUCUAUAAUGUUAAUACAGAAACAUAGAAUGAUAUUCCGAACAUCGAAGAGAAGAAAACUCUAGAUUAAUCUAUUACCUAAACUCUUAAGACAGUUGUUGUUGAAGAGACUAAAAUCAACAUUCCUCAUUAGCAACCAGAAGUUCAUCUAAAAGUAGAACAAAAAGUAGUAGAGACUACUUAUAGUGUUACAGGUGCAAAUUCUAAAGAACCUGAGAUUUAGGUUGAGACAGUAAAACAAUAAGUCAUUGAAGAUCUAGGAGAAAGUUCAUUUGGAAAAAGUCAACAAUAAAACACUAAGGUUGUUGAUGAUGAUAAUACACCAUUCUUCAUGAAGCAGGACAGACCUAAGUUUUCAGCAUAAGAGAGAUAUGUUCCUGCUAGCUCAACAUCAAGAGCAUUUCAAUUUGGACUAUUAGGAGUGCAGCUAAUUAGUGGUACAGUUAAGGAGGCAGUCAAGCAUUCACUUGGAAUAUCAGAUUAGCAAGACACUAAACUCACAGGAAUUGUUAAGUAUGCUGCUAAUGCUAAUAAUGCUGAUAAGCUGUAAAAGACUUUCAGAAAAAUGAGAGGAGCAGUCUUGAAGUUAGGUUAAAUACUGAGUACUUCUGAGGAGAGUAUUGUGCCUCCUGUUAUUAGAGACGCUAUGGAAAAAGCAAGAUCAGAAGCUGAUAUAAUGCCUGUGAAAUAAGUCAUUAAGAUUCUUGAAAAAGAGCUAGGGUCUGAAUGGCAGAAGAAUUUCAGAGAAAUUAAUCUUUAUCCUUUCGCUGCUGCAAGUGUUGGUCAGGUCCAUGAAGCAAUUUUAAAAGGUGGACAAAGAGUAGCUCUCAAGAUUUAAUAUAACGGAGUUGGAAAUAGUAUUGACUCUGACCUCAAUAACUUUAAGAGAUUAGUCACUUUGUUUGGAGCUCCAAGAGGUCUUUAUCUAAAUGAAUUAGUCGAGACAACAAGAAUGGAACUAUAUUGGGAGACAGAUUACCUUAGAGAAGCAAAGUAUCAAAAUGCUUAUGGAGAAAGACUAAAGAAUUAUCAUGAUGAAUACUAUUGCCCUAAAGUCUAUGACGAUUUGGUCACGAAGCACAUUCUUUGUACUGAAUUUAUAGAUGGAGUAGAGAUAGAUACUAUCCUCAAUGAACCUUAGCAUGUCAGAGAUAGAGCUGGAUCUCUGCUCCUUAAGUUGUGCUUUAAGGAAUUAUUUGAAUGGAAAAUCAUGUAGACCGAUCCUAAUCCUGCAAACUUCUUGUACGACCUCUAGAAGUAAAGACUUCAUCUUUUGGACUUUGGAUCUGGAAGAGAUUUCGAUUAAUUCUUUUUGGAUGGCUACAUUGAAAUUAUCCAUGGAGCAUUUAUUCAAAACAAAGAGAAGGUAAUGGAAAAUUCACUGAAGCUCAAGUUCCUAACUGGAGAAGAAAAUAAAGAAAUGCUCAAUGCUCAUUAUGCUGGAGCACUUGCUAUUGGAGAACCUUUUAGACAUAGUGAUGGACUUUAUGACUUUGGAAAUCAAUAGAUCACCAAGAAUAUCUAUGAAAUUAUCCCUGCCAUGUCAAAGCAUAGAUUAACUCCUCCUCCCAAAGAAAUAUAUUCACUUCAUAGAAAAAUUAUGGGAACGUAUUUAAUGUGCAUAAAGCUAAGAGCUCAAGUGCCAGCUAAGAAGAUAUUUGAGGAUACUUAUGAUGCUUGGCUCAAGUCAGCAAAAGUAAUCUGA